GAGAGGAGUGAGGCGCUGGAGGGCAGCAUGGGCUGGCGUGGGGACAGAUAAAACCCGAAGCUAGGAGCGGCUCCAGAACAUAACCCUCCGAGGUCCAGUCCAGAGGGCUCCGGAAACUCGCCCGGGCCACACAGCGAGGCCUGCACAGUCGCGACCCAGCUCUCUGUGAGCCCAGGCCCCAUGUGGCAGCGCCCCACGUGCUUGUCCCGUGCACCUCUUUCCCUGCCCGGGGCGCCGCCCGUGAACGCUGCCCAUGCCGGCAGGUCGAGCACCGAGCUGCGCAAGGAGAAGUCCCGGGAUGCGGCCCGCAGCCGGCGCAGCCAGGAGACCGAGGUGCUGUACCAGCUGGCGCACACGCUGCCCUUCGCGCGCGGGGUGAGCGCCCACCUGGACAAGGCCUCCAUCAUGCGCCUCACCAUCAGCUACCUGCGCAUGCACCGCCUCUGCGCCGCAGGGGAGUGGAACCAGGUGAGAGCAGGGGGAGAAGCGCUGGAUGCCUGCUACCUGAAGGCCCUGGAGGGCUUCGUCAUGGUGCUAACCGCCGAGGGAGACAUGGCUUACCUGUCGGAGAAUGUCAGCAAACACUUGGGCCUCAGCCAGCUGGAGCUCAUCGGACACAGUAUCUUUGAUUUCAUCCAUCCCUGUGACCAAGAGGAGCUCCAGGACGCCCUGACGCCCUCCCCAGGCCUGUCCAGAAAGAAGCCAGAGGCCCCCACGGAGCGCCGCUUCUCUCUGCGCAUGAAGAGCACCCUCACCAGCCGCGGGCGCACCCUCAACCUCAAGGCGGCCACCUGGAAGGUGCUGCACUGCUCUGGACACAUGCGGGCCUACAAGCCCCCUGCACAGCCUUCCCCAGCUGGCAGCCCCACCUUGGAGCCCCCGCUGCAAUGCCUGGUGCUCAUCUGUGAAGCCAUCCCUCACCCGGGCAGCCUGGAGCCUCCGCUGGGCCGGGGGGCCUUCCUCAGCCGCCACAGCCUGGACAUGAAGUUUACCUACUGUGACGAGAGGAUCGCAGAGGUCGCCGGCUACAGCCCCGAUGACCUGAUUGGCUGUUCCGCCUACGAGUACAUCCACGCCCUGGACUCGGACGCAGUGGGUCAGAGCAUCCAUACCUUGCUGAGCAAGGGCCAGGCAGUAACAGGGCAGUAUCGCUUCCUGGCCCGGAGUGGUGGCUACCUGUGGACCCAGACCCAGGCCACAGUGGUGUCGGGGGGCCGCGGCCCCCAGUCCGAGAGUAUCGUCUGCGUCCACUUCCUGAUCAGCCGGGUGGAAGAGACCGAAGUGGUGCUGUCCCUGGAGCAAACGGAGCGACACUCUCGCAGACCCAUUCAGCGGGGUAUCCCCUCUCAGGACGGCCCUAAUCCUGGGGACAGCCUUGACGCAUCUGGCCCCCGGAUCCUGGCCUUCCUGCACCCCCCUACCCUGAGCGAGGCCACCCUGGCCGCUGACCCCCGUCGUUUCUGUAGCCCUGACCUCCGUCGCCUCCUGGCACCUAUCCUGGACGGGACUUCAGUAGCUGCCACCCCCAGCGCACCCCCAGCCGCACAGCGCCCCCAAAGUCCUCUUCCAGCUGAUCUCCCAGAUGAACUACUUGUGGACGUGGAGAAUGCACACAAAGUCUUUGCCUCUGGGAAAGACCUUGAGGCAGUGGAGACCGAUCUAGAUAUAGCUCAGGACGUCGAUGCUCUGGAUUUGGAGAUGCUGGCCCCCUACAUCUCCAUGGAUGAUGACUUCCAGCUCAACUCCAGCGAGCAGCUACCCAGGGCCUACCACAGACCAGCAGGGGCUGUCCCCCGGCCCCGCGCUCGGAGCUUCCACGGCCUGUCGCCCCCAACCCCUGAGCCCUCCCUGCUGCCCCGCUGGGGGAGUGACCCCCGGCUAAGCUGCUCUAGCCCUUCCAGAGGGGACCCCUCUGCAUCCUCCCCCAUGGCUGGGGCUCGGAAGAGGGCCCUGGCCCAGAGCUCAGAGGACGAGGACGAGGGGGUGGAGCUGCUGGGACUGAGACCCCCCAAACGAUCCCCCAGCCCAGAACCCGAAAACUUCCUGCUGCCUCCCCUCAGCCUGAGUUUCCUUCUGACAGGAGGACCAGCCCCAGGGAGCCAGCAGGAUCCCAGCACCCAUCUCCUAGAACUGAAUGAGCCCCUGGGCCUGGGCCCCUCUCUGCUCUCUCCCUACCAGGAUGAGGACACCGCCCAGCCCAGGAGCCACUUCCAGCCAGCGGCAGGCCUGGCCCAGGCCGACUGAGCCAGCCCCUCUUCCCAUCUCCCUUCUCCUCCCCAGAAAGGACCUUCAACCACACUCCAAGCCGGCAGCCAACGCAC